ACAGACAGAGGAGCGGAAUCUUUGAAUGCGGGGCGGUUAAUGCGCAUUGAGACAAACUCUCAACUACUGAGAGGAGACUCUGCGCUGCACACUAGAGUAGGAGACUCUAAUCUACAGCGUUCGCUGACAACAUAGUGCAUGCUCUGUUGCAAAACAUCAUUUAACCAAGACAAUGUGUGUAAUCGCUUUUUGAAAUUGCUGCUCGUGAAAAAGUAAAAAAAAAAAAAAAAAGAGCAGACAGAUGGGAAAUAGGCUUUAAGGCUGGACUCACCGGAAGAUUAAGUAUUGUCUCAAUCAAGACACCGAAUGCAGUCACUGGAAAUGAAAUUCAACCCAAUUCUCUGGUAGAAUUAGCAGGUUUUUCCCCAAUGAAAAAGAGGUAUCUGCUUCGGAACAGUGAAACCAGUUGAUACGUCGUCAGCGGUCUGGAACCUGGGCGGACUGCUCUCCUGAAUUGCAUGGAUUCAUGGUCCCGAAAAGCCGAUCACCGCAAUGACAUCUGCACGUGCGUCCUCUUGUCCCAAAACGUUCCAAAGUGGAUUUAAUCGUCAUUCCUCCUAAAUAAAGUUAUCAAACAUGAGAACACCAAGCUCACUCCUGAUCAUUUUCCUCCUACACCAGGUGUGGUGCAGGAAGGUCCAGAUGCAGUUCCCAGAGACAGAGCUGAUAGAGUGGGAGGAGGGGGACCAUGAGGAGAAGUUCUCCCCCAGCGGAGCCAGUCCCAGAGUCCUCAACCCCCUGAGGCUAUUCGCUAGGGGGGUCCCUGGAGCCGUCGGGCCCCCCAGCCUUAAACACAACCCCAUCAGGGACAUGACAUACCUAGAGAACAUGGAGGACUUCUGGGAUUGGUUAUCCAACCAGACAGAUGUUCAGGCCAGCCAGGUCAGAGCCAAGCGACGACCCAUCGUCAAGACAGGCAAGUUCAAGAAGAUGUUUGGCUGGGGAGACUUCCACUCCAACAUUAAGACCAUCAAGCUUAACCUGCUGAUCACCGGGAAGAUCGUGGACCACGGUAACGGAACGUUCAGUGUCUACUUCCGCCAUAACUCCACCGGCCUGGGGAACGUGUCGGUGAGUCUGGUGCCGCCGUCUAAAGUGGUGGAGUUUGAGAUGGCUCAGCAGUCCACACUGGAGACAAAAGACUCUAAAGCUUUCAACUGUCGUAUCGAGUAUGAGAAGACGGACCGCAACAAGAAGACGGCUCUGUGCAGCUUCGACUCCUCCAAGGUGUGUUACCAGGAACAGACACAAAGCCACGUCUCCUGGCUCUGCUCCAAGCCCUUUAAAGUCAUCUGCAUCUACAUCGCCUUCUACAGCGUGGACUACAAACUGGUGCAGAAGGUCUGCCCGGACUACAACUACCAUAGUGACACUCCCUACUCCUCCACUGGCUGAAGGUCUGCUGGACUACAACUACCAUAAUGACACUCCCUACUCCUCCACUGGCUGAAGGUCUGCUGGACUACAACUACCAUAAUGACACUCCCUACUCCUCCACUGGCUGAAGGUCUGCUGGACUACAACUACCAUAAUGACACUCCCUACUCCUCCACUGGCUGAAGGUCUGCUGGACUACAACUACCAUAAUGACACUCCCUACUCCUCCACUGGCUGAAGGUCUGCUGGACUACAACUACCAUAAUGACACUCCCUACUCCUCCACUGGCUGAAGGUCUGCUGGACUACAACUACCAUAAUGACACUCCCUACUCCUCCACUGGCUGAAGGUCUGCCCGGACUACAACUACCAUAAUGACACUCCCUACUCCUCCACUGGCUGAAGGUCUGCUGGACUACAACUACCAUAAUGACACUCCCUACUCCUCCACUGGCUGAAGGUCUGCUGGACUACAACUACCAUAAUGACACUCCCUACUCCUCCACUGGCUGAAGGUCUGCCCGGACUACAACUACCAUAAUGACACUCCCUACUCCUCCACUGGCUGAAGGUCUGCUGGACUACAACUACCAUAAUGACACUCCCUACUCCUCCACUGGCUGAAGGUCUGCUGGACUACAACUACCAUAAUGACACUCCCUACUCCUCCACUGGCUGAAGGUCUGCCCGGACUACAACUACCAUAAUGACACUCCCUACUCUUCCACUGGCUGAAGGUCUGCUGGACUACAACUACCAUAAUGACACUCCCUACUCCUCCACUGGCUGAAGGUCUGCUGGACUACAACUACCAUAAUGACACUCCCUACUCCUCCACUGGCUGAAGGUCUGCCCGGACUACAACUACCAUAAUGACACUCCCUACUCUUCCACUGGCUGAAGGUCUGCUGGACUACAACUACCAUAAUGACACUCCCUACUCCUCCACUGGCUGAAGGUCUGCUGGACUACAACUACCAUAAUGACACUCCCUACUCCUCCACUGGCUGAAGGUCUGCUGGACUACAACUACCAUAAUGACACUCCCUACUCCUCCACUGGCUGAAGGUCUGCCCGGACUACAACUACCAUAAUGACACUCCCUACUCCUCCACUGGCUGAAGGUCUGCUGGACUACAACUACCAUAGUGACACUCCCUACUCCUCCACUGGCUGAAGGUCUGCUGGACUACAACUACCACAAUGACACUCCCUACUCUCCCACUGGCUGAAGGUCUGCUGGACUACAACUACCAUAAUGACACUCCCUACUCUUCCACUGGCUGAAGGUCUGCCGGACUACAACUACCAUAAUGACACUCCCUACUCCUCCACUGGCUGAAGGUCUGCUGGACUACAACUACCAUAAUGACACUCCCUACUCCUCCAAUGGCUGAAGGUCUGCUGGACUACAACUACCAUAAUGACACUCCCUACUCCUCCACUGGCUGAAGGUCUGCUGGACUACAACUACCAUAAUGACACUCCCUACUCCUCCACUGGCUGAAGGUCUGCUGGACUACAACUACCAUAAUGACACUCCCUACUCCUCCACUGGCUGAAGGUCUGCUGGACUACAACUACCAUAAUGACACUCCCUACUCCUCCACUGGCUGAAGGUCUGCUGGACUACAACUACCAUAAUGACACUCCCUACUCCUCCACUGGCUGAAGGUCUGCCCGGACUACAACUACCAUAAUGACACUCCCUACUCCUCCACUGGCUGAAGGUCUGCUGGACUACAACUACCAUAAUGACACUCCCUACUCCUCCACUGGCUGAAGGUCUGCUGGACUACAACUACCAUAAUGACACUCCCUACUCCUCCACUGGCUGAAGGUCUGCCCGGACUACAACUACCAUAAUGACACUCCCUACUCCUCCACUGGCUGAAGGUCUGCUGGACUACAACUACCAUAAUGACACUCCCUACUCCUCCACUGGCUGAAGGUCUGCUGGACUACAACUACCAUAAUGACACUCCCUACUCCUCCACUGGCUGAAGGUCUGCCCGGACUACAACUACCAUAAUGACACUCCCUACUCCUCCACUGGCUGAAGGUCUGCUGGACUACAACUACCAUAAUGACACUCCCUACUCCUCCACUGGCUGAAGGUCUGCUGGACUACAACUACCAUAAUGACACUCCCUACUCCUCCACUGGCUGAAGGUCUGCUGGACUACAACUACCAUAAUGACACUCCCUACUCCUCCACUGGCUGAAGGUCUGCUGGACUACAACUACCAUAGUGACACUCCCUACUCCUCCACUGGCUGAAGGUCUGCUGGACUACAACUACCACAAUGACACUCCCUACUCUCCCACUGGCUGAAGGUCUGCUGGACUACAACUACCAUAAUGACACUCCCUACUCUUCCACUGGCUGAAGGUCUGCCGGACUACAACUACCAUAAUGACACUCCCUACUCCUCCACUGGCUGAAGGUCUGCUGGACUACAACUACCAUAAUGACACUCCCUACUCCUCCAAUGGCUGAAGGUCUGCUGGACUACAACUACCAUAAUGACACUCCCUACUCCUCCACUGGCUGAAGGUCUGCUGGACUACAACUACCAUAAUGACACUCCCUACUCCUCCACUGGCUGAAGGUCUGCUGGACUACAACUACCAUAAUGACACUCCCUACUCCUCCACUGGCUGAAGGUCUGCUGGACUACAACUACCAUAAUGACACUCCCUACUCCUCCACUGGCUGAAGGUCUGCUGGACUACAACUACCAUAAUGACACUCCCUACUCCUCCACUGGCUGAAGGUCUGCCCGGACUACAACUACCAUAAUGACACUCCCUACUCCUCCACUGGCUGAAGGUCUGCUGGACUACAACUACCAUAAUGACACUCCCUACUCCUCCACUGGCUGAAGGUCUGCUGGACUACAACUACCAUAAUGACACUCCCUACUCCUCCACUGGCUGAAGGUCUGCCCGGACUACAACUACCAUAAUGACACUCCCUACUCCUCCACUGGCUGAAGGUCUGCUGGACUACAACUACCAUAAUGACACUCCCUACUCCUCCACUGGCUGAAGGUCUGCUGGACUACAACUACCAUAAUGACACUCCCUACUCCUCCACUGGCUGAAGGUCUGCCCGGACUACAACUACCAUAAUGACACUCCCUACUCCUCCACUGGCUGAAGGUCUGCUGGACUACAACUACCAUAAUGACACUCCCUACUCCUCCACUGGCUGAAGGUCUGCUGGACUACAACUACCAUAAUGACACUCCCUACUCCUCCACUGGCUGAAGGUCUGCUGGACUACAACUACCAUAAUGACACUCCCUACUCUCCCACUGGCUGAAGGUCUGCCCGGACUACAACUACCAUAAUGACACUCCCUACUCCUCCACAGGCUGAAGGUCUGCUGGACUACAACUACCAUAAUGACACUCCCUACUCCUCCACUGGCUGAAGGUCUGCUGGACUACAACUACCAUAAUGACACUCCCUACUCCUCCACUGGCUGAAGGUCUGCUGGACUACAACUACCAUAAUGACACUCCCUACUCCUCCACUGGCUGAAGGUCUGCUGGACUACAACUACCAUAAUGACACUCCCUACUCCUCCACUGGCUGAAGGUCUGCUGGACUACAACUACCAUAAUGACACUCCCUACUCCUCCACUGGCUGAAGGUCUGCUGGACUACAACUACCAUAAUGACACUCCCUACUCUUCCACUGGCUGAAGGUCUGCUGGACUACAACUACCAUAAUGACGCUCCCUACUCCUCCACUGGCUGAAGGUCUGCUGGACUACAACUACCAUAAUGACACUCCCUACUCCUCCACUGGCUGAAGGUCUGCUGGACUACAACUACCAUAAUGACACUCCCUACUCCUCCACUGGCUGAAGGUCUGCCCGGACUACAACUACCAUAAUGACACUCCCUACUCCUCCACUGGCUGAAGGUCUGUUGGACUACAACUACCAUAGUGACACUCCCUACUCCUCCACUGGCUGAAGGUCUGCUGGACUACAACUACCACAAUGACACUCCCUACUCUCCCACUGGCUGAAGGUCUGCUGGACUACAACUACCAUAAUGACACUCCCUACUCUUCCACUGGCUGAAGGUCUGCCGGACUACAACUACCAUAAUGACACUCCCUACUCCUCCACUGGCUGAAGGUCUGCUGGACUACAACUACCAUAAUGACACUCCCUACUCCUCCAAUGGCUGAAGGUCUGCUGGACUACAACUACCAUAAUGACACUCCCUACUCCUCCACUGGCUGAAGGUCUGCCCGGACUACAACUACCAUAAUGACACUCCCUACUCCUCCACUGGCUGAAGGUCUGCUGGACUACAACUACCAUAAUGACACUCCCUACUCCUCCAAUGGCUGAAGGUCUGCUGGACUACAACUACCAUAAUGACACUCCCUACUCCUCCACUGGCUGAAGGUCUGCUGGACUACAACUACCAUAAUGACACUCCCUACUCCUCCACUGGCUGAAGGUCUGCUGGACUACAACUACCAUAAUGACACUCCCUACUCCUCCACUGGCUGAAGGUCUGCCCGGACUACAACUACCAUAAUGACACUCCCUACUCCUCCACUGGCUGAAGGUCUGCCCGGACUACAACUACCAUAAUGACACUCCCUACUCCUCCACUGGCUGAAGGUCUGCUGGACUACAACUACCAUAAUGACACUCCCUACUCCUCCACUGGCUGAAGGUCUGCUGGACUACAACUACCAUAAUGACACUCCCUACUCCUCCAAUGGCUGAAGGUCUGCUGGACUACAACUACCAUAAUGACACUCCCUACUCCUCCACUGGCUGAAGGUCUGCCCGGACUACAACUACCAUAAUGACACUCCCUACUCCUCCACUGGCUGAAGGUCUGCUGGACUACAACUACCAUAAUGACACUCCCUACUCCUCCAAUGGCUGAAGGUCUGCUGGACUACAACUACCAUAAUGACACUCCCUACUCCUCCACUGGCUGAAGGUCUGCUGGACUACAACUACCAUAAUGACACUCCCUACUCCUCCACUGGCUGAAGGUCUGCUGGACUACAACUACCAUAAUGACACUCCCUACUCCUCCACUGGCUGAAGGUCUGCCCGGACUACAACUACCAUAAUGACACUCCCUACUCCUCCACUGGCUGAAGGUCUGCUGGACUACAACUACCAUAAUGACGCUCCCUACUCCUCCACUGGCUGAAGGUCUGCUGGACUACAACUACCAUAAUGACACUCCCUACUCCUCCACUGGCUGAAGGUCUGCUGGACUACAACUACCAUAAUGACACUCCCUACUCUUCCACUGGCUGAAGGUCUGCUGGACUACAACUACCAUAAUGACACUCCCUACUCCUCCACUGGCUGAUCCAGUCUGUAAGCAUGUCAAUGGAUCUCCCUUAGAGUUAGUCUGAUCAGAAUAUCACCAACCCUGUUUACAAUAUCACUAGCCCUGGUUACAAUAUCACUAACCCCGGUUACAAUAUCACCAACCCUGGUUACAAUAUCACUAACCCUGGUUACAAUAUCACUAACCCUGGUUACAAUAUCACCAACCCUGGUUACAAUAUCACUAACCCUGGUUACAAUAUCACUAACCCUGGUUACAAUAUCACCAACCCUGGUUACAAUAUCACCAACCCUGGUUACAAUAUCACCAACCCUGGUUACAAUAUCACCAACCCUGGUUACAAUAUCACCAACCCUGGUUACAAUAUCCAAUAUCCAGGGUUGGUCAUACUAACAGAACCAGGGUUGGUCAUACUAACAGAACCAGGGUUGGUCAUACUAACAGAACCAGGGUUGGUCAUACUAACAGAACCAGGGUUGGUCAUACUAACAGAACCAGGGUUAUGAUGACCAACCCAGGUUCUGUUAUGACGACCAACCCAGGUUCUGUUAUGACGACCAACCCUGGUUCUGUUAUGAUGACCAACCCAGGUUCUGUUAUGACGACCAACCCAGGUUCUGUUAUGACGACCAACCCAGGUUCUGUUAUGACGACCAACCCUGGUUCUGUUAUGACGACCAACCCAGGUUCUGUUAUGACGACCAACCCUGGUUCUGUUAUGACGACCAACCCAGGUUCUGUCAUGACGACCAACCCAGGUUCUGUUAUGACGACCAACCCAGGUCCUGUUAGUAUGACCAACCCAGGUUCUGUUAUGACGACCAACCCAGGUUCUGUUAUGACGACCAACCCAGGUUCUGUUAUGACGACCAACCCAGGUUCUGUUAUGACGACCAACUCUGGUUCUGUUAUGACGACCAACCCUGGUUCUGUUAUGACGACCAACCCAGGUUCUGUUAUGACGACCAACCCUGGUUCUGUUAUGACGACCAACCCAGGUUCUGUUAUGACGACCAACCCUGGUUCUGUUAUGACGACCAACCCAGGUUCUGUUAUGACGACCAACCCAGGUUCUGUUAUGACGACCAACCCUGGUUCUGUUAUGACGACCAACCCAGGUUCUGUUAUGAUGACCAACCCAGGUUCUGUUAUGACGACCAACCCAGGUUCUGUUAUGACGACCAACCCAGGUUCUGUUAUGACGACCAACCCUGGUUCUGUUAUGACGACCAACCCAGGUCCUGUUAGUAUGACCAACCCAGGUUCUGUUAUGACGACCAACCCAGGUUCUGUUAUGACGACCAACCCAGGUUCUGUUAUGACGACCAACCCUGGUUCUGUUAUGACGACCAACUCUGGUUCUGUUAUGACGACCAACUCUGGUUGACCACAUGACGACCCCUCUGUUCCUCCUCAUCACCUCCACGUGUUCUCAGUAAAUCCCAGCCAAUUAGAACAGUCCAGAUGUGUGGUAUUGGGGUAGACCACGGGCUCUCACGACCACAUGACACCCUGCAGACCUAUACAACAAUGCUAACAUCAAAUCACUUCCUAGGCUUGUUAAAUAUCUAAAUAUUCUAUCAUCUCGAAGGCAUUUCAAAAAAAGGGAAUUUUGAUUCUCUUAGGAGAAUUUCAAGUUCAAGCAAACAUUUGCUAGUUUUUUGUUCCUAUUUCUUCUUUAAUACACCAUGCUGACUGUUUGGGUAAAAUGAUACCAUUGUAUCAAUCCUGGACAGGUGCCUGAUAACAGAAGGGACAGAUACAGUGAGCUCCAAACGUUUUGGGACAGUGCUGGUGUUUUGGCUCUUCAGGACUUUGGAUUUGAAACGAUACAAUGACUAUGAUGUUAAAAUAUAGACUAUCAUCUUUCAUUUCUAUUGUCAUCCAUAUUGGUUGAAUCUUUUAGAAAUUACAGCACUUUUUGUACAUAGUCCCCCCCCCCCAUUUUAGGUGACCAAAAGUAUUGGGACAAAUUCACUUUAUGUAUAAAAGUAGUAAAAUGUUAAGUAUUUGGUACAUUAAGCUUGUGACUACACAUUUGCUGUUUGCUUUGGAUGUGUUUCAUAUUAUGUUGUGGCCAAUAGAAAUGAACAGUUAAAUAAUGGCGUUUUGGAGUCCAUUUUAUUUUAAAUAAGAAUAGAAUUUGUUUCUAAACACUUUGUUUAUUAAUUUUUAUCUAUUUUUAGAACAAAUUCUUAUUUACAAUGACGGCCUACUAAAAGGCAAAAGGCUGGUGACAGUGGCUGGUAUUAAACAUAAAUAAAUAAAAUAUAGGACAAAACACACAUCACGACUAGAGAGACAACACUACAUAUAGAGAAACCCAAGACAACCACAUAGCAAGGCAAGCAACAUAUAACACAGCAUGGUAUCAACACAACAUGACAACAACAUGGUAGCAAAACAACAUGGCUGCAGCACAACAUGGUAGCAGCACAAAACAUGGUACAAACAUUAUUGGGCACAGACAACAGCACAAAGGGCAAGAAGGUAGAACCAACAAUACAUCACGCAAAGCAGCCACAACUGUCAGUAGGAGUGUCCAUGAUUGAGUCUUUGAAUGAAGAGAUGGACAUAAAACUGUCCAGUUUGAGUGUUUGUUGCAGCUCGUUCCAGUCGCUAGCUGCAGCAAACUGAAAAGACGAGCGGCCCAGGGAUGUGUGUGCUUUGGGGACCUUUAACAGAAUGUGACUGGCAGAACGGGUGUUGUAUGUGGAGGAUGAGGGCUGCAGUAGAUAUCUCAGAUAGGGGGGAGUGAGGCCUAAGAGGGUUUUAUAAAUAAGCAUCAACCAGUGGGACUUGCGACGGGUAUACAGAGAUGACCAGUUUACUUGACAAACACUUGAGUGAGAAAGUUAGGGGCAUAAAUAGAAUAACCACAAAAAAUGCUAACGUCUCCUGUUAUUGUAAUGGUGAGAGGUUAGCAUAUCUUGGGGGUAUGAUAUUUGUACUUUCUUACUCCUCAUUAAUCACGAUUCUAUCAGGAUUAUUCGUAAUCAUGGUAACAUCCACAUUAAUGUAGGUGUUUAGAAACAGAUUCUAUUCUUCUUUACAAUAAAAGUUACUCCAAAAUAACACAAUAUAUUAUUGACCAUUAAUUUCUAGUCUACACUUUAACCUCAGAGUCAUUGUAUCAUUUCAAAUCCAAAAAUGCUGGAGUACAGAGACAAAACAACGAAACGUGUCACUGUCCCAAUACUGUUGGAGCUCACUGUAGAUAAUCCAUUAGGCCAGCAUCCUGGAGUCGCCUCUUCACUGUUGACGUUGAGACUGGUGUUUUGCGGGUACUAUUUAAUGAAGCUGCCAGUUGAGGACUUGUGAGGUGUCUGUUUCUAAAACUAGACACUCGAAUGUACUUGUCUUCUUGCUCAGUUGUGCACCGGGGCCUCCCACUCUUUCUAUUCUGGUUAGAGCCAGUUUGCGCUGUUCUGUGAAGGGAGUAGUACACAGCGUUGUACGAGAUCUUCAGUUUCUUGGCAAUUUCUCGCAUGGAAUAGCCUUCCUUUCUCAGAACAAGAAUAGACUGAGGAGUUUCAGAAGAAAGGUCUUUGUUUGAAGCCAUUUUGAGCCUAUAAUCGAACCCACAAAUGCAGAUGCUCCAGAUACUCAUCUAGUCUAAAGAAGGCCAGUUUUAUUGCUUCUUUAAUCAAAACAACAGUUUUCAGCUGUGCUAACAUAAUUGCAAAAGGGUUUUCUAAUGAUCAAUUAGCCUUUUAAAAUGAUAAACUUUGAUUAGCUAACACAACGUGCCAUUGGAACACAGGAGUGAUGGUUGCUGAUAAUGGGCCUCUGUACGCCCAUGUAGAUAUUCCAUAAAAAAUCAGCCGUUUCCAGCUACAAUAGUCAUUUACAACAUUAACAAUGUCUACACUGUAUUUCUGAUCAAAUUUAUGUUAUUUUAAUGGACAAAAAAUGUGCUUUUCUUUCAAAAACAAGGACAUUUCUAAGUGACCCCAAACUUUUGAACGGUAGUGUAUAUAACAAUAGGAGUUAUAGGAGAGGUGUCUGAUAACAAUAGAAGAUAAAGGACAGAUAUAUAGAAACAGGAGUGUUUAGUGAAGCUGGCAGGCUGUUAACAUCACUUUGUCACGGUCCGGACACCUCCUGGCUCUUCCUGACACUCAGCCUGACUCUUCAUGGCUUCCAUUAACAUUAAUUAGAGAGGAUAAUUAUCAUUUACUCUAUGUGACAGAGAAAACUCAAAUGCUCAAAGUUAAAAUUCUCCUCUUCUGGAAUGAUAACAUGCUAGUGAUCAUGGAGCAGAGAUAAACUGGAGAUAUUGUGAGAUAUUACAGGAGUUGUGUGGGGUAGUCCUGAUGUUAAACUGCUGCUCUUAAGGACACACAUGCACUUGACAGGUAAUUCUCCAAACUCAAAACACGCUGAAAAUAAUCACAAAGACAGAUCCUCGCUCUCUUAACCCAUCUGAUAAAAACACAAGCGCCAACUCUUCCUCAAUGUCCGUCUGACAAUUCAGACGCUCCAAAGUGUUCUGGUUUUUAAUUGGAUGUUUAGAUCAUGUGGUUAGAAUGUUUAGGGGUCGUUCCAUCAAUUGGGUUCCUUUUGAAAAGUGUAAAAAAAGUACAUUUUGUUUCACCUAAUUUUAACAUUCUGUCAUUAAUUAACAUUCUGUUAAUUUAAAAAAACACGUUUUCCCAUCUCAAGAGGUUAAAGAAAAAAAUACUAAGCUAACAUAUGGAAUUGUUUUAAGAUGUUCAUACAAUGGAUCAUUUAGCUAUUUCAUUUUGAAUUGUAGGACCCCUUUAGGUAUCAAAAUGAAAUAUUUACUGCUAUAGCCCAUAGAAAUGUAUUGAGUUACGCAUUCAUAAAUGGAAAAAAGACAGUCCAAAAAUAAAUCAGAAGGAAUAAGAUUAUGAAGUGUUUGUCCUACGUCUAGGAGAUAUAAGAAAGCUCAGGACAUAUUUAACCCCUUAGUUUUGUGCCAACAAAAGUAUCUUCAUACUUCCAUUGGUUUGUAUGGGUUACCUUCAGAGUCUCCCAUUUCCAUAGAGGAGUCAUGUAUGGGUUACCUUCAGAGUCUCCCCUUUCCAUAGAGGAGUCAUGUAUGGGUUACCUUCAGGGUCUCCCCUUUCCAUAGAGGAGUCAUGUAUGGGUUACCUUCAGAGUCUCCCCUUUCCAUAGAGGAGUCAUAACCUUCAGAGUCUCCCCUUUCCAUAGAGGAGUCAUAACCUUCAGAGUCUCCCCUUUCCAUAGAGGAGUCAUAACCUUCAGAGUCUCCCCUUUCCAUAGAGGAGUCAUAACCUUCAGAGUCUCCCCUUUCCAUAGAGGAGUCAUACUAGUUUUGUAGGCCAAACCGUUCAGACGCUUCAGGGUGGCUCAUGGUGUGAGCAACACAGCUGAAGAGGUCGACAUAGGCGGAUGGGUGGACUGAGAGCGGAUGGGUGGACUGAGAGCGGAUGGGGGGACUCAGAGCGGAUGGGUGGACUGAGAGCGGAUGGGUGGACUGAGAGCGGAUGGGUGGACUGAGAGCGGAUGGGUGGACUGAGAGCAGAUGGGUGGACUGAGAGCAGAUGGGUGGACUGAGAGCAGAUGGGUGGACUGAGAGCAGAUGGGUGGACUGAGAGCAGAUGGGUGGACUGAGAGCAGAUGGGUGGACUGAGAGCAGAUGGGUGGACUGAGAGCGGAUGGGUGGACUGAGAGCAGAUGGGUGGACUGAGAGCAGAUGGGUGGACUGAGAGCGGAUGGGUGGACUGAGAGCAGAUGGGUGGACUGAGAGCAGAUGGGUGGACUGAGAGCGGAUGGGUGGACUGAGAGCGGAUGGGUGGACUGAGAGCAGAUGGGUGGACUGAGAGCGGAUGGGUGGACUGAGAGCGGAUGACAACAACCUGAUGUCUCCAGUUUAAACUGACAGAUUUUGAUGGGUUUUAUUAUGUUACUUAGAUUUACGCACGGAUGUGUCAACAGACUUAAGGAUUAAAACGAGAGUUCAGUCCACGUAACAGGGUUGACCUUAAAAUUAGGGACUUUUUUUUAAACCUUGAAAUGAAUCACUAAUCACAUUAAAUAAUACAUCAGCAGAAAUGACUGUCAAAGCAACAUAAAAUAACUAGGGCUUUACGAUGAUGCUGAACAUUUAGACAUUUUGGGGAUAGUGGGGUGACAUCUUCCUAGAAGUCACAGAAGGCGUACAGAGGGACAUCACUGGCACUUUAGGGUUAGGGUGAGGGUGAGGGUGAGGGUGAGGGUGAGGGUUAGGGUUAGGGUUAGGUAACCCUCGAAGUUACAGAAGGCGUACAGAGGGACAUCACUGGCACUUUAGGGUUAGGGUUAGGGUUAGGGUGAGGGUUAGGGUUAGGGUUAGGGUUAGGGUUAGGUAACCCUCGAAGUUACAGAAGGCGUACAGAGGGACAUCACUGGCACUUUAGGGUUAGCGUUAGGGUUAGGGUUAGGUAACCCUCGAAGUUACAGAAGGCGUACAGAGGGACAUCACUGGCACUUUAGGGUUAGGGUUAGGGUUAGGGUUAGGUAACCCUCGAAGUUACAGAAGGCGUACAGAGGGACAUGUCACUGGCACUUUAGGGUUAGGGUUAGGGUUAGGGUUAGGUAACCCUCGAAGUUACAGAAGGCGUACAGAGGGACAUGUCACUGGCACUUUAGGGUGAGGGUUAGGGUGAGGGUUAGGGUUAGGGUUAGGGUUAGGUAACCCUCGAAGUUACAGAAGGCGUACAGAGGGACAUGUCACUGGCACUUUAGCAAGUCUUUAUUCAUAUAUUUAAAAAAAAUCAGAUGUAUUGAAUUUCCAUGUGGUUUCCAACUGGGUGUACACUGGCUGAAUCAACUCACUUUCCACAUCAUUUCAGUGAAAUUACAUUCAAACAAUGUGGAAUAGACAUUGAAUAGACGUCUGUGCCCAGCGGGUUUUAUUAAAGGGCACUUCAUUUAAUAAAACAGGCUUUUAAAAUUCGAUAUUUCCACACGAUUUCUACUUAAAAUAAUCACAGGGCACUCAUUUAAUGGAACGACCCUUAGACUGGCUAGAAUGUUUAGAAUGGUUAGAAUAUGUUAUCAAUAAAACGUCACAAUCAGGUGCAGAGCGUUCGGGAUCAUCACCUCUGGAAGAGCAUAGAAACACAAAAUGUCAGAUAAUUCUACAUUCUGCUGUAUCAGUUAUACAGCAGUAACUGUUCAUGGUCGUUUCAGAUACGUAAGGGUAGGCUGACCAUAUCUCUCAAUAUUGGCCACCAAUGAUUGGAUAUUUGAGUGAUAUAAAAUAAAAGUUACCUAUUCCCGACAAGAAUGAGUGGUUUAGGUUCAUUUCCCGUCUUUUGUGGGCUCUUCCUGUCAAGCAGCAGAAGGACUCAUUUUACCGAUGUAGUUAGCUGAUAAUAUUUACAAGCUACCGGUAUAAACUUGUUACAGGCUAAACAGAGGUAAAUAGACCUACUGUACUUCUUUCUCCAACCAACGUAGGCCUACCUAGCAAAGUUAGCUAACAUGAUCCACUUUUCAACAUUGUUUUUUAAGUGUUUAGUCACGAUUGCUGCUGACAGACAUGAUAGGCAUCAUUGAUUGAUGUAUCACGUCAAAUUGGCUAGCUAGCUAAUAACAGAUCGGAUCAAUAUGGCUGGUUAACGAGCUAACGUUCUGGGGAUAAACUUGAACUUGAUUUGCUUGCCAUCUAUAGUGGUGAUGACAGAAGUCCGACUGACAACUUUACCAGGACGAGGACUUGCUGAUGUCAAGGUCUUUCCAAAAGCCUAAUCUCUGAGUUAGCUACAUUCUUAGUUAGCUACAUGCCAAAUGGAUAGGCUACCCUCAGGUAUCUGAAACUACAUGAUCAACUGAUGUUACUGAUCACGAACAGCAUGCAGAUACUUACAGUAUAACUCUGAGAGAGCUAAAUGUGGAAUAAUCAGACGGGUAGUUGAUUAUUGGGGCGGGAGGUAGCCUAGUGGUUAGAGCAGCAGGUAGCCUAGUGGUUAGAGCCUUGGGGCGGGAGGUAGCUUAGUGGUUAGAGCAGCAGGUAGCCUAGUGGUUAGAGCGUUGGGGUGGGAGGUAACCUAGUGGUUAGAGAGUUGGGGAGGCAGAUAAUCUAGUGGUUAGAGCGUUGGGGCGGGAGGUAGCCUAGUGGUUAGAGCGUUGGGGUGGGAGGUAACCUAGUUUUUAGAGAGUUGGGGAGGCAGAUAAUCUAGUGGUUAGAGCGUUGGGGCGGGAGGUAGCCUAGUGGUUAGAGCGUUUGGGAGGCAGGUAGCCUAGUGGUUAGAGCGUUGGUGCGGCAGGUAGCCUAGUGGUUAGAGUGUUGGGGCGGCAGGUAGCCUAGUGGUUAGAGCGUUGGGGAGGCACGUAGCCUAGUGGUUAGAGCGGCAGGUAGCCUAGUGGUUAGAGCGUUGGGGAGGCACGUAGCCUAGUGGUUAGAGCGUUGGGCCAGUACCCGAAAGGUUGCUAAAUUGAAUCCCCGAGCUGACAAGGUAAAAAUGUGUCGUUCUACUCUUGAACAAGGCAGUUAACCCACUGUUCCUAGGCCGUAAUUGUAAAUAAGAAUUUGUUCUUUAACUGACUUGCCGUGUUAAAUAAAGGUCUUAAAAAAUGUUUAACAAUCCCUUGAAAACGGAACACAGUUGUCAAUGGUUUAAGCAGAGCUGGCGGUCUUCUUGCUCUCCAGCAGCCAAAUGGAAUGCUCUGCUCCGUACUGUGAUGUUUUAAGACCUAUGAGGACAUUUGGAACAGAUCAUUAGGAUUCUAUGGUUCCAAAUAUAUGAAAUGUCCAGUCAUGUUGGCUCAUAUCCAGAGGCUGCUACAGCCUCUCACCUCAUGUAAUGUAUGUCAAUCACUGGAGUCAAAGACAUGUAGGUUGAGUUGGAAAGAAAGCAUUAUGUUUCUGAUGUCUUAACUGUAAUUUAAACUAUAAUAUUUUACAAAUGACAAGAACUGUAUUAUGAGCGAACUGAAUCUAAGUUAAUCUAUGUUAAUGUUUUAGUUCUAAUCCAUGUGAAUUGUUCAAUAUGUGUAUGUUUCAGCAAAGAUAAAACUGUACGAGUUUACAUAUGGCUUAAAAAUAAAUGUCAAUUUCUUUCUAUUUUCCAUUAAUGUAUAAUAUAGAUAUUCAUUGUUCCUUAGUUUUGGUGUUUGCCAGUAACAUCUAGUAGAUGUAGCAACGUUGCUAUUUGUUGCAGAGAUUAAAUGAUUAGACUAUUGAUUAUUUGCUUUCUCUGGUUUCUAGUUAGUUAUUGUUCUGUAAGUUAUGUUAUGUGCAUUGGGUAACUGAAAUGUUAAUUUAAAACUAUUUACUUUAAUAGGGAUUAUUUAAUUAAAAUUAAAUGUAAAAAUUGUUUGUAAAAUUUACUUCGGUUUUUAUGACAUUAAACAUGAAUUGAACUUGG